AUGAAAGAAACAUUCGAUUCCCUUACAGUAUUACUUAAAGAUGCAGACUGCCCAAGUAUCAAACCAGAAAUCUUGUUAAAAAAAGGAUUUGACACUCUUAGUUCUAUCAAUAAUUAUCUCAAAAACCAUUUUUCUGUUCUUAUUGAACUGGGCUUUGAACCUGGAGAUCUAAGUAAACUUGAAGUUUAUCUUAGAAACAAAGAAUCAGAUUUGAAAUUCACAGCACCUUGCACUCCAUUUUCGAUUUAUAAAUCAUUAUCGAUCCAUCCUAAAUCAGCAAUAAUUAUAGAAAAAGACAAAGAAGGAGAAGAGAAGUACAUUCGAGAAGACCAACAAAUGCAACCUGGGGAAUAUCAUAUCGUGGAAGUACAUGACUCAUUCUCAGUCAAACUCUUAUGGUGGAAGAAGGAAAUACAAAUUUCGAAAUAUUUUGCAAAACAGAACUUGGAGGGUGAGAAUCUUUUCAAUAGUUCUUGCAAUGAUAGGUCCAAUAGUAACUAUCAUUCUCAAAUACGUAAAAGAGUAGUCAACCACAUGGUCAAUACAGUGGUACAAGAAUAA